AUGGAGGAAGAGCGGCUGCGUGAGGAGGUGGCACGGCUGGAGCGAGAGGUGGCCAGCCUUCGUCGCAAGCGUGAUGCCGACCGCGCUGGUCAGAGGGCCGCAACGGGAUCGUCGUCAGCCCAGGGCGAUGAGGCCGGACAGCUGGCCACCCUCUCGGCGCCCAUCAAACCGAUCGGCGUCGUGCGCUCGCCCUUCCCCUCGCGCAUGGGCACGCCCAGACAGGGCAUGCUGGCGCCGGCCACGCGCGGCUGGAUCCAGCUGGAGGGCAGGCUGAACCCGGCCGAAGCGCUCGACGGGAUUCAGCAAUUCUCGCACGUGUGGAUCGUCUUCGUCUUCCAUCAAAACACCAACGCCUCCAAAGCCAUGCUGGGCGACAAAGGGCUCAAGGCCAAAGUGCGACCGCCUCGGCUGGGUGGAGCGCGCGUGGGCCUCUUCUCCACCCGGACGCCCCACCGACCCAACCCCAUCGGACUGACCAUCGCCAAGAUCGAGCGGCUGGAGCGAGGAGUGCUCCAUAUCUCCGGCGUGGACCUGGUCGACGGCACGCCCGUGCUGGACAUCAAGCCCUACCUGCCCCGCUACGAUUCUCUCCCGCACGCCGCCGUGCCGGACUGGAUCGACGACGAGGGCGCCACGGUGCGCGAAGACGCCGGUAAGGAACUGCACACGGGAUCCAUCCGCUCCGUGCACUGGACGCGGGAGAGCGAAGAGGCGGUAAACCGGCUGCUGGCCGACGGUGCGCUGCGAUUCUACGCCGCGGGCGAGGACGAUCAGCUGCGGCAGGCCAUCGACGAGGUGCUCCGCCUCGACCCGCGCUCCGCCUUCCAGCGCUCCCUCUCCGCGGCGCGCGGCGCGACAGACGGACACGCCGACACGCCGGCAGCCAUGGCAACGUUUAAGGUGGCGUUCGACAGCGUGGAGGUGGAGUUCGCCUACCCGAGCCACGACGUCAUCCGCGUUCUCGCGCUUCGCCUGCGGCCGCCACCGGCGUCAACAGAAAACGAAGAAAGAGAGAUUGAAAACGAAGAAGACGGAAACGAAGGCGGCGAAGAAAGGCAAGAAGAAGACGAGCGCACGCAAACCACAGCUGUUUCUUAA